AUGAGAAAACAAUCGCAUCGAAGCCAUCGCGGCCUUGUGGGAUCUAGGUGUGUGGGUGUGUUGAUAAUUUUGGUUCGCGGUGAGAAAAAAAGUGUUAACCAACCAAAGUUGUCCAGAAUGUUCAGGGCUUCAGUUCGGACCUUCGGGAGUGCUUCGAGGAUAUGGAAGAACGCCAAGCAGUCCCCAGAAGAAUUUUUGGCUUCCAGAAAAGGCAAAGGUGUUCUGAAUGCCGAAUUUCUCAAAUCGUUAUCCGCCAAACCGUUCGAAUAUAAACCACAAUAUUUGUCUGAGGACAAAGUGGACCCUUCUACGAAGCGGCCUAUACCCCUCAAUGUUGAACUUUUGCAAUAUAUACCUCUUCAGGUUCCCAAAACACACGGACACAAAGUUGCCGAAAUUCAAUUUCGAGGCUAUAACGAAGAGAAUCUUGAUAUGGCAGGAGAGUUUGCCGCUCGUGCUGGAUUUUAUUUGGGAAUUCCUUGCUCGAAAGUGCAAGUUUUGAAGACGGAGAAACGUCUUUAUACUGUUAUCAAGUCACCAUUUGCUCAGGCCAAGUCGAAAGAGAACUUUAAAAGAACCACUUUUAACCGUAAAAUCGAAGCAUUUGAUGCCAACCCAGAGGUGGUGGACUUGUGGCUUUCGUACAUCAACAAGCAUGCGUUGUCAGACGUCAAGUACAAUGUUCAUAUAUACACCAGAGAAACGGUUGAUUUCAGCCGCGAACUCGAUGCAAUCACUGGUGGAGAUUUGCAACUUCCAAAGGCAUACGACGGUGCAGACGACCCAAUUGGAAAGAAGGUGGAGGAGUUGUUGAAGUCGGAUACGUUCAAAGAGCACUUUAAACUGUAA